AUGGAAUCCAUUGGAGUACUUAUGACCUGUCCAAUGCUCAGUUACCUUGAACAAGAACUCGAUAGGCGCUUCAAACUUUUCAAACUCUGGAACUACCCCUCAUUCUCUGUUUUCGCACAAUCAAGCUCAACUUCAAUUCGUGCAGUGGUGGGAGAUACUAAAAUCGGUGCGGACGCCCAGAUGAUCGAUUCGCUACCCAAUUUGGAGAUUGUCUCUACGUACAGUGUCGGUUUGGACAAGAUUGACUUGACAAAAUGCAAAGAAAGAGGGAUUAGGGUCACCAACACGCCCGAUGUGUUGACGGACGACGUUGCGGAUCUUGCUAUUGGGUUGGCUUUGGCAGUGUUAAGGCGGAUUUCUGAGGGUGAUCGGUUUGUGAAGAAUGGCUUGUGGAAGAAAGCUGGUUUCGAACUUGGUGCAAAGUUCAGCGGUAAAGCAGUGGGAAUUCUUGGUUUGGGAAGGAUUGGUUCAGCAAUAGCAAAGAGAGCUAUAGCAUUUGGGUGUCCAGUUAGUUACCAUUCAAGAAGUGAAAAACCAGACACAGGGUAUAAGUACUACUCCAAUAUCUUAGACUUGGCAGCCAAUUCUGAAAUCCUUGUUGUUGCUUGUGCUCUUACCAACGAGACCUAUCACAUUGUUAAUCGUGAAGUUAUCGAUGCAUUGGGACCAAAAGGCAUACUCGUCAAUAUUGGGCGAGGGAAACACGUCGAUGAACCUGAGCUUGUGCGUGCACUAACUGAAGGAAGACUAGCUGGGGCUGGGCUUGAUGUGUUUGAAGAUGAACCAGAGGUGCCUGAACAGUUAUUUGGCCUUGAAAAUGCUGUGCUCUUGCCUCAUGUUGGGACUGACACGAUCCAAACCUGCAAGGCAAUGGCGGAACUUGUGAUUCAAAACUUAGAGGCACAUUUCCUCAACAAGCCACUUCUGAAUCCAGUAAUUUGAUUGAGGUCUAUGACUUUAGUUUCUAAAAUUUUUAAAAUGUUUCCCUUUCCAACAUUUCAUCACACUGAAAAUAGGUUCAAACUAGUAUUUCUGGAAAUUGGCAUGUAUCAUUCUUAGAAAUUCAAGAACUUUGAUAGAACAUGGAUGUAGACGAAAGUUAUGUAAAGUUUCCUGAGUGAGAGGUAUUAGGUUCACUAGCGUUAAUACGAUGACUUGAUAUUUUUCA